AACUCAAAGUCUACUUCAAAUCCCACCAUCAUCAUUCAUCAACUCUUUUUAGCAUCCACUAACAUGGCGUUGCUCCGCUAUUCGCCGCCGUUCUUCUUCUUCAUCUGUCUCACAUUAACAUCUCUGUUUUUACAAUCGUACCCAGUUCAUUCACUCAACUGCGCAUCGGAAAAAUUCACAAACAAGAAAGUCUAUUCAAAUUGCACCGAUCUACCCACCCUGAAUUCUACCCUCCAUUGGAGUUUCACCCCACAAAACUCCUCCCUCUCCGUCGCAUUCAUCGCACCUCCGGCGACACCGAACGGUUGGAUCGCAUGGGCAAUCAACCCCACCGGGACCGGCAUGAUAGGGAGUCAAGCGCUCAUCGCCUUCAAGAACUCCAGCAGCUCAAUGGUCGUGAAGACCUACAACAUUACUACGUACGCCUCCAUCGUUGAAGGGAAGAUCUCGUUCGAGGUACUGGAGUCUAGGGCGGAACAUUCUGAUGGAGUAAUGAAGAUUUUCGCGACAGUGAAGUUGCCGGAGAAGAUGACGGAAGUGAACCAUGUGUGGCAGGUUGGGGGUUCGGUUAAAGACGGAGUUCCGGUGAAACAUGGGUUUUUGCCGGCGAAUAUGCAGGCAAUGGGUAAGCUGCAACUGGAAGGGAAGGCACAAAGUAAUGGUACCACCGCCGGUAGUCCCGCCGUUGCUCCGAGCACUAGUUCGUCGUCCGGUAUCACCGGAAUUUACGUGAUUCCUAUCUUUUUUUCAUGUUUAUUUGGAUUUUUCUAAGUAUAGAAAAACAUAAAACUUGAACGUGGUAUUUAAUAUUUUAGGUUAAUUACGUCUUAUUUUUGUAAUUCAUAAGAAAUUGGAAAAAAAUCACUUCCUUCCAAGUUCCAAUAUCGUUCUAUAUAUAAGUAUUGAGAAGAAAAUACGAAAUUGUUUCUCAUUUAGUUAA